AUGUUUGAACGUUUGUACAAAUUAAAAUCUGAAGUGGAAAUUAUGCUUUUACAAUUAGGAAAAGACAAUAUUCGUGAGAGUUUUACCAAUGAAAAAUUAACAUUCUACUUUGCGUACCUAGUAGAUAUUUUUGAAACUAUUAAUAACCUAAAUCUCAAAUUACAAGGGAAGAAUACGAAUAUUAUAACCACCAAAAAUUCUAUAAACUCAUUUCUAGAAAAGAUACAGCUAUGGAAACGCCGAGUAAACAAAGAGACUCCUAAUUUUUCGUGUUUCCAUCGAUUGAACGAACUUAUCUCUGAUGAGGAAGAAUAUAUUUGUCUUGUUGGAUUGAAAAGUAUAGUGAUUGAACAUCUUGACUGUUUGACUGAUGAAUUCAUGCGAUAUUUUCCGAAUUUUUUUAACGAAAGUUGGAAAUAUAAGCUAAUAAGUUGUCCAUUCAGUGCUAACGUAGACACAUUGCCGGAUACAUUUCAAGAACAGGCAAUCGAGCUGAAGAAUGAUUCACGCGCAAAAAUUGAUUUUAAUUAA